AUGAAAUCCAUCGUCUCCCACGUCAAGAACCUGGCCCAUACCUCCACAGCCUCCUCACCCACAGACACAGAAACCGCCGCUGGUUCUUCUUCUGUAGCCGUAUUCGCAAACAUGUCUCUCCAGGACAAGGUUGUACUCAUCACAGGCGCCUCCAAGGGCAUCGGGCGGGCCAUUGCGCAAAAGGCAGCCAGCCAAGGCGCCAAGGUCGUCAUCAACUACUCGCGGGAUAGCACACCCGCCGAUGCUCUGGUGAAGGAGAUUGGGGCAGACCGGGCCCUCGCCGUGCAAGCCGACGUUUCCAAGCUGCCGGAAAUCGAGAAGCUGGUAGAGGCGGCCGUGGCGCGGUUCGGCCGCAUCGACGUGCUCGUCCCCAACGCCGGCAUCAUGCCGCUACAGCCCCUGGCCGCCGUCACCGAGGACAUUUACACGCGCGUCUUUGACCUCAACGUCAAGGGGCCGCUCUUCCUCGCGCAAAAGGUGGCGCCGCACAUGCCCCAAGGAGGUCGCAUCAUCUUCAUCUCGACGGGCAUCACGCGCAGCAGCGCCGUCCCGCCCGUCUAUGCCGUCUACGCCAUGACCAAGGGCGCCGUCGAACAAAUGACGCGCGCGCUAUCCAAGGAGCUCGGCGCCAAGGGCAUCACGGUCAACGCCGUGGCUCCCGGACCUACUGCUACUGAUUUAUUCAUGGAAGGCAAGCCCGAAGCCAUGAUUAACGGCAUCAAGGCCGCCAGUCCUUUCAAUCGCUUGGGUGACCCGGCCGAAAUUGCCAAUGUUGUUACUUUUGUCGCGAGCCCGGAGAGUGCUUGGAUAUCGGGCCAGAUUAUUGGUGCCAAUGGUGCUUCUUUUGUGUAG